GCGGGCUGUAGGCCAACUUUAUUUUGGAAAGUGACGGACGUGAUAGGGUGAACGCAACCACUCGACUAGGAACGGCCGGGAGAAGGAUUAACCGCGACACCAUUAUGGAGGAGGUUGCCGGAAGCUCGGAACCCCAGGUAGAGCCUGAGGCCGAGGAACCAGAGAAAGUCUAUAGGAAGCCUAGGGAAGAGGAGCUUGCAGACAAAGUUAUCGCCGCUAAGAAGAAGUUUCGGUAUCAAAUCCCGAUUUUAACCUUGCCUGAGCUCGACGACACUAUUAGCAAGUUACUAGAAACCAUGGUGUCGGUGUCUUUUCAGACCAUGCUGCAGGCUAGCCCUAGGUUGCUCAAAGGGCUCAGACAACUAUUGACUCGGAGGCGAGUAGAAAUAGGCGACAACCCCGAAUUACCAGAAGGGGAGAGGGAGGAGGAAGCUCCGCAAGAAGUGGCUAACCUUCAGAGGAGUCACGGGGACUUGGAGGAUCUCGAAAAGACCUUUGCAGACAUUCGUUUGAGCUUGCCCGACCGAAAGGGCGAUGAAGUCAUGAGAUCACCACCCGGAACGAAGCUUAGCUUUCAUGCGCUACCCGUAGGGAAAUUGAAAACCCAGAUCGGGAGUCAUCACACCGACGCAUUAGUAGACGGAGGAGCAGAAAUCACUCUCAUAAGGAGACAUUUCGCAGUGAUCACGGGAUGUACGGUAAACAAGGAAGUAACAGGGAGCAUCCGGGGAGCUGGCGGGGAAAUCCCGUUCGCUGGCUAUCCCAUGCCCCGCGUGGAUGAGCUGUUUGACCAUCUGGCAGGCAACCGCUUCUUCACGAAGAUCGAUCUUCGUAGCGGUUACCACCAGAUCCUCGUUGCCGCAGAGGACCAGCCGAAGACCACCUUUCGGUCGCGCUUCGGCCACUACGAGUUCACGGUGAUGCCAUUCGGCCUCACCAAUGCACCCGCCACCUUCCAGACGGCGAUGAACGACAUCUUCAAGGACAUCCUUGAAGAAUACGUUGUCGUAUACCUGGACGACAUCCUGGUCUACAGUCGUACCUUAGAGGACCAUAUCAGACACCUCCGCGAUGUCUUACAGCGCUUACGCAAGCAUGGCUUCUAUGCCAAGCUCAGUAAGUGCCGCUUUGCCCACCGCAAAGUGGACUUCCUAGGACACCAUGUGCCUGACCAGGGUCUCCACAUGGACGACGCGAAGAUCACUGCUAUUGCAGAGUGGCCCGUCCCCACAUCUGCCAAGCAGCUUCGCAGCUUUCUAGGCCUCACCAGCUACUACAGUAAUUUUAUCCAGGGAUACGCUAGGUUUUCCUACGUCCUUACCUCCACCCUCCUCCGGAAGAACCCGCCGUGGUUUUGGACACCCCUCUGCGAGGACGCCUUCCUCGCCCUCAAGAAGGUGGUGACUUGUGCGCCGGUUCUUCGCCUUCCCGAUUUUGAUCGACCCUUUAUCGUCACCACCGAUGCGUCAGAUUUUGCAGUAGGAGCUGUCCUUUCUCAGGUAGGAACAAUGAAGGCGAGGUGGUUUCCCUGCUUCGAGAACUUGUCAAUGACAGAAGGGGAGAAAGAUAGAAGACGUACAGAAGAAGACCGUCUUCAGAAGGAGGAACAUGCACGAGUCAGCAGGGAACUGGAGAAGCAACGCCUUGAGAAAGAAGAAGCUCGUCAAGCUGAGAAGGAGGCUAGGAUGGCUAGAACGAUCAACGCAAAGAUGGAGGAGUUGGAUAAGCAACAUCAGGCUCGGACAGAAGAAGAAAACAAGAAGAUCCAGAAGGAGAUUGAAAGAGUGGUGGGUGAACCGAAGCGAAGAAUGGGUAAGGAAGUUGUCUCAGACUGUGGCGACAAUCGGAAGAGAUCUCAAGAGGAGAUUGAAGGAUCGCCUCCGAUCGUUCCAGCACAGGGUAAAGCUCGUGUAGCUGAACAACCUAAGCCAAGUGCCCCGCAAGUAUCUGGACUUGAUGGCGGUCUACUAUUGAUGGAGAUCGAUAAUGUGCAGCGAGCUCAAGAUUAUCAGUUUGGCCUACUUAGACGCAUGAUGGAGAUCGUAGAAAAGUUGGGAUCGUCCCUCAAAACUGGAACUACCUCUCACGAUACCCACUCCAAUGCUGAUCCUGGUCCCUCAGCACCUACUGCUUUUCCAGUUCGCGCUCAGCCCCCUCCUCCUUCACCCCCGCCCCCGCCUCCUCCUCCUCCCCCUCCUCCUCCUCCCCCUCCUGCUACUCGUUCCUCAUCUAACCCUCCUCCUCCACCCCCUCCACCUCCUCCACCUUACCCCAAGAAGAAGGCUCCUGGCUCUACUGAACCUGGUACUUCCCGUGGGAGGGUGCAGGAGAAGACUCCCGCUGGAAAUCGGUUUUCGGCUCGAUUGGUGGAUAUGUUUGCCUCUGUAGCUGGUAAUGCAACGCGACGGCACUCUGUCUCUCCAGCACGGCGCACCAAUGAAGAUGAGCCCUUGGGUUUUGACCGUAUCAACCCAGGGAAGAAGGCAGUCGUUGCUUCCUGCGGCAAAGAUGGUCGUGCCAAGUAUAUCGAAGAUCUAAAGAAGGAACUCAUUACCAAGUCGAAGUACAAGCUUGAGUCCCUCUGUAAGGCGGAUCACAUCAAGUAUUUCAAUAAGAAACAAGCUUCAACUAAUUUGGCCGAAAUCAGAGCUCGGGAUGCGUAUGGGGAGGAAUCUGAAGAUGAGGGACUUGAAAACAUUGUAGCUGACACGCAGGAGGAGAAUCCCUCCUGAUGAUCUAUAGAUUUGGCCUAUCUCUGAGAACUCUUGCGUAUAACUCUUCAUGAC